AUGAUAACAAAUGGCUCAACUUCACCAACUACUGCAGGAAGGAGCGAGUCCCGUUUUGUAGUUUACGCCGACUUGGAAUGCAUCCUGAAGAAGACACCGAAGGAAGAACAAACGAGUUCGUAUGCGUAUCAACAUCAUAGCGUAUUUAGUAUAGCGUAUUACGUGCGAUGUUCCUACGACGAGUCGUUAUCCGCGUAUCGAUGUCGUCGUGAUCCGGAUUGCAUCUCGUGGUUUGUCAAAGAACUUGAAGAACUGGCACAUCGUGUAAAGGAUAUUUUGUCUGCAAAUGUCUCCAUGGAAACUUUGUCGAAAGAACAGUGGGAGACAUUUCGGAACGCUACGCUGUGCCAUGUGUGCGAGAAAUCAUUCGCAAAGGAUGAUACACGUGUGCCCAAUCAUUGCCACCUGACUGGGCAGUACAGAAGUCCCGCGCAUUCCAAUUGCAAUCUAAAUUACCGAGACAGUUAUUGCAUUCCUGUGGUCUUUCACAACUUAUCCGGUUAUAAUUCGCACUUCAUCAUCAAAGAUAUAGCAACCGCUUUCUCUAGUCUCGAUAAAUUGGCGUCUUUUCUCAACAAUGAUAAAUUAAAAAUUGUUCGGUCCGAAUUUUCAAAUUUGUCCGACAAGGAUUUUGAUUUAUUGACGCGAAAGGGUGUCUUUUCGUACGAAUACCUUGAUUGUGCGGACAAGCUGCAGGAUCGGUGUUUACCGCCGCGCGAGUCAUUUUACAGUUCGUUGACGGGUGACACGGUAUCCGAGAGCGAUUACGCGCACGCCGCGAACGUCUGGCAGCGGUUCUCCAUUCAAACCUUGGGUGAAUAUAGCGACUUGUAUCUGAAGACUGAUGUCUUGUUACUGGCCGAUAUUUUUGAAAAUUUCCGCAAUAGUUGUAUCAAAAGUUACGGGUUAGAUCCCGCGUAUUAUUACACUUUGCCUGGUUUUACGUGGGAUGCUAUGUUGAAGCAUACGGGCAUUAAUUUCGAAUUGCUCACUGAUAUCGACAUGGUCAUGUUCAUCGAGCGCGGUAUUCGCAGCGGUCUUAGUCAAUGUUCCAGUAGAUACACAAAGGCCAAUAACAAAUAUAUGCAGUCUUACGAUCCAUUGCAGCCAUCAUCAUACUUGAUGUACUUCGAUGUAAAUAACUUGUACGAUUCACCCAUAGGUUACAUUCUGGAGGUCCACUUGGAGUAUCCGCAACGUCUGCACGACGCGCACACUGACCUACCGUUCUGUCCGACGCAGGACAAACCGCCGAACAAAAGGCAGGAUAAGCUUCUCGUAACCUUAUACAAUAAACAGCGUUAUGUGAUUCAUUAUCGCAGCCUGCAGCAGUGCACGCGCCACGGUCUUCGUAUUGGAAAGAUACACCGCAUACUCAAAUUUGCGCAAUCCCCAUGGCUCCGCGAUUAUAUCGAACUUAGCACGCAGUUUAGAACACACGCGACAAACGAUUUCGAGAAAAAUUUGUACAAAUUGAUGAACAACGCGGUAUUCGGUAAAACCAUGGAAAACGUUCGCAAUCACGUAGACGUAAAAUUGUUGACAAAAUGGAACGGACGAUACGGUGCUGAGGCAAUGAUCGCGAGACCAAAUUUUCAUAACAGAAGUGUCUUUUCGGAAAAUUUAAUCGCCGUUGAGCUACGUAAACUCGAGGUGAAAUUCAACAAGCCGAUCUAUGUGGGUAUGUGUAUCCUUGACAUAUCCAAGACCUGCUUGUACGAAUUUCAUCACGAGUACAUGUCUCCCCUGUAUCAGAACAGAUGUAAAGUAAUGUACACCGAUACUGACAGUUUAAUCUACCAUAUCCAAUGCGAUGAUAUUUUCGAGCACAUGAAACGCGAUAUUUCUAAAUUUGAUACGAGUGAUUAUUCCGCUGAUAACGUGUACGGUAUACCGCUUGCCAACAAGAAGGACCGGGUCUGA